AUGCACAAAUCUGGAUGGAUCCUCAUAUCUCUGUGUGCUGGCUCUCUGGUGACCCAUAGUGGUGGAUUCGGUGAUCAAAAGCUGUGUGGUAUUCAGCUGGUAGAAGCACUGCUGCUUGUCUGUGGUGAGAGGGGCCUCUUCUACCAACCUGGGAGGCAUGUCAGAGAACACACAGUAUUCAGAGGCAUUGUAGAGCAGUGCUGUCACAAUGACUGUGACUACUUUGACCUAGAGAAUUACUGUAACACAUAG